CUCGGCUGCACUCUGUGAUCGUACUGCAUAUACCAUCCUCUUCGUACCCCAGUCAAGCAAGAUGCCUAUCAAUCAACCGGCCAACCAGAUCAAGCUGACAAAUGUGUCCGUCGUGAGACUCAAGAAGGGCGGGAAGCGCUUCGAGAUUGCUUGCUACAAGAACAAGGUUCGCGAGUGGAGGACAGGCGUUGAGAAGGAUUUGGAUGAGGUGGUACAGAUUCAAAACGUCUUUGUGAACGUCUCAAAGGGACAAGUGGCGCCUCAGGAGGAUUUGCAGAAGGCCUUCAACACCACAGAUCGGGAGAAGAUCACGCUCGAGAUCCUGAAGAAGGGCGAGCUACAAGUAGGCGAGAAGGAGCGCAGCGCCGAGCUGACCAAUCUCUGGCGUGACAUCGCAACCCAAGUCUCAUCACGCUGUGUGGAUCCAUCGAAUAAGCGGCCCUACACGGUAGGGGUGAUCGAAAAGGCCAUGACCGAAGUACACUACAGCGUCAAGACGGGCAAGGCAGCCAAGUCACAAGCUUUGGAUGUGAUAAAGCUUUUGCAGUCCAACAAUGUCCUACCCCUGGAGCGCGCACGGAUGAGGAUCCGUCUCACCUUGCCUAGCAAAGAGGGCAAGAGGCUGAAGGACAAGGUCAUUGAGAAUGUGGAAAAGGUCGAAGAGGAGGACUGGUCAGAGGAGUGGGAGCUGAUUGCCGAGAUUGAUCCGGGAGCGUUGAGAGUGCUCAAUGACCUGCUGGAGACAGAGUCCAAGGGCAAGGGCAAGAUCGAAACGCUCAACUUUGCAUCUGUGCAAGAAGGCGAAGGCAUGAACGAUUGAGUCGUUGCAUGAGGCACGAGUGCAAUCACAUCACCAUAUCUAAGCAAAG